GCCGUCCCGCUGCAACAAGCCGUGCCGUACAACUGUGCUUGUCUCUUGGCCACUUGCUCGCCUUCCCUCUUUCUGCACUCCCUCACGACUUACGAACUGCUAUGGACAAACUCAAUGACACCAGAUACUACUCCUACUCCUGGCAUCAGUCUCACGACCAGGCUACGGUUCUACUCAUGGUUCCUUAUGAUACUCAAGAAGAAGACAUGUCGGUGGUAAUAGAGCGCAACUAUCUCAUUGCAGGCGUUCGAGGGCAGGCCCCCAUAAUUAAGGGGAGACUGUACGGCAAUGUCGACGUGACGAAUUCUGUGUGGCAGCUUGAACCCCAUUCGUCUCGCCUCUCCGCUCGAGAGCGAACCACUUCUACUGCGUCGAUGGCGUCAACACAUUCAUCCUAUGCCUUCGUUUCUGACCCAGAAAUUUCCAGCAGCUUUGCGGCAUCUCUUGAGAGUGGUCAGGCGUCCGACGCGGAAGAAUUCUCUGCAUCAUCACCUGCCUUAUCCUCCCCUUCGCUUUCUUCUGCCGACGAGCAACGUGGGUUUUCUUUUCGGCGGAAACCUCAUUCCAGCACUGCUUCUCGUGCUGUAUCCCCAGGGCACAUCAUUCAGAGUAUCGCAUCUUCCUAUUCAUCGGUCGAGUCAUUGCAUUCCCAAUCUGGCCGGCUGUUGACCCUACAUUUGGAGAAGGAUCAGUCAAUUAUCUGGCCUUCUCUUAUCGUUGGACCCGUACCGGACACUUUAGCGCCUUACGUCCGCAACUCGGUCAUCUUUGACGCGAGCUACGAGUUGGAACAUCAAUACAACAUGGACCCCACUAGCCUGGUCUUGCUUGCCAUGGAACAGUUCGACAUCCACAAGGACCGGGAAGAGGCAUUCGAGUGUUUCCUGCGUGCUUGGCACCUCUCUCACGCUCCCACAUCAACCAUGAAACUCGUAUCUCACUAUCUGCCGUUGCAGACAGAAUUUAAUAUUGAAGAGUACCAGAACCAGGGACAGGCACCUCGCGGCACCACUACCUACUACAUUCAAUGCAUAGGCGGGCCCAGAGGCCUCGCACAGCUCUACUUGGAAGCCGGUAUGCUUCAUUUGGAUGGCGCAGCCUCCACCCUCCUGUCUUCUUCACACUCCAGCCUGUCGUCUAUCCGCAUACCCGCUCGUGCCCAGAUGACAGACACGGGCACGAUGACCUGGAAACGAGAUCGCGAAGCCGCAGGGCAGUUCUUUGACCGUGCUCGUGCACUGGCGCCUGAUCUCGAUAUCCCUACCUUGCCGCCACAUACUGUAAUGGACGCUGAAGAAUUGGAGAUGCCCUCCAUUGAACUUCAGUAUGAUCCGGUGCCGAAUGUCGAUUCCCUUCGUCGUCGACGGAAGAGGGACGAGAAGGCCUUACUUGAGAACCAGUCUAAGGUGGAUGACUUGGAUUCUACCUGGUAUGUUUACCUUCCCGGCCUCAUUGGCGCUGGCACUGCUCUUGUUGUUGUGGGAGUCAUUGGUGCGUUGAGCUUUUCGUGGUCCCGCCGCAAUCAGGCCUCUUAGAUGAUAUACCUUUUGUAAAUUUCCUUUGCUAUCAUAUGUAGAAGGUAUGUAUUGUAUCAUAGCUCUCAAUUAUCGUUGCUUUGUUUUGGAUAUAAGCAUACGCUUUCCAUCUCAUGUUAUUCACUUUUUCAAAUGAACACUCGUCCUUUUCUUAACCAGGAUUCUAGGAU